AUGUUUGUAGGAGCUUCUGGAAAACAUACCAAAGCUGAUAAGAAUAUCUCUGCAAGGGAAUACUAUUGCUAUAAGCUUCAAAUUAGACCAGGAAACAUGCUGUUAAGAGCAGGCCGUGCAUUUUUGCAGUAUAUCACAGACAUGUAUAUCAAAGUUGAAAACACAAGGUUAGAUUUUUUUCGGCAAAAUUAAGAUACAAUAAGAGCGGAUCUUUAUAAAGGGAUUCUAGACACUGUAGAGAGUGGCCAGACAAGUGCAGCUAAUGUUGGUCAUAAGUUCAUUUUGCCACCAUCAUUUAUAGGAGGCCCUCGUGAUAUGAAAAGGAGAUAUUUGAAUGCAAUGGCUCUUGUGCAGAAAUACGGGAAACCUGAUCUCUUUGUCACUAUGACCUGCAAUGCAAAUUGGCCAGAGAUAAAAGCUGAGCUAGAGCCUGGUGAGACCGCACAAGACCGGCCAGAAUUAGUUGCUCGUAUAUUUCGAGCAAAGUUGAUUGCUCUGAAAAACAAAAUAAAAAAAGAUGAAGUAUUUGGUAAAGUGGCAGCAAUGAUAUAUGUCAUAGAAUUUCAGAAAAGAGGAUUGCCACAUGCUCAUUUCCUAUUGAUUCUAGAGCAACAUCAUAAGAUGAAGUGUCCUGCUGAUUAUGAUAAAUAUGUCUGUGCAGAAAUAUCUCCUGUUACUCAGCCUGAGCUGCGUAAAAUUGUGUUAAGGCAUAUGAUGCAUGGACCAUGUGGCCACUUAAAUCCAGAGUGUCCUUGUAUGAGAAAGAAGGAUAAUGUUGUUUCUUGUAAAAAUGGGUACCCAAAACAAUUCACCGCACAAACAACAACAAAUAAAGAUGGCUAUCCUUGCUAUAAGAGAACUGAUACUGGAGAACAAUUGAAAGUCAGAAAUGCUCAGUUAGAUAACCGAUGGGUUGUCCCUUAUAACCCCUAUCUCACAGCACUCUUUGAUUGUCAUUUGAACGUAGAAGUUUGUUCAACUAUUAAAGCAGUGAAAUAUUUAUAUAAGUAUGUUUACAAGGGACACGAUCGAGUGGCCUUCAAUAUUCUGGCUGAAGAUAAAAAUUGUAACGAUGAAAUUGCUCAGUUUCAGUCGAGGAGGUGGGUGUCGCCAUGUGAGGCAGCUUGGAGAAUUUUUGGAUUUGAUUUAUUUGAGAUGCAUCCACCAGUCUUACCUUUGUCAGUUCAUAUUCCAGACAUGAACACAGUUUGUGUACGCCCUUAUGAACGUCUGGAUGUUGGUAUUGCAAGCGGUGUUUAUGGUAGGACUCAAUUAAUUGAGUUCUUCCGUAUGAAUGCAACUACUGAUAAUGGUCUUGGUUACUCAUAUGUAGAAUUUCCUGAACACUAUAAGUGGGAUGCUUCAUCAAAAUCAUGGUCCAAACGGCAAAAUAAAAAAGUGAUGAUAGGGCGAUUAACUUUUGUCGCUCCUUCGGAGGGUGAACGCUUUUACCUUCGGCUUCUAUUACUGAAUGUCAAAAGUCCAAAAUCUUUCACAGACUUGCGCACAAUUGAAGGUUAUGUGUGUGCAACUUUCAAAGAAGCAUGUCUAAGAGCUGGCAUUUUGGAAGAGGACGAUGCUGCAAGCAUUUGUUUGGCAGAAGCAACUGAAAUUCAGCUCCCUCGGGCUUUACGCCGGCUAUUUGCAACUGUUCUUAUAUUUUGUCAGCCGAGUAACCCUGAAGAAUUAUGGUUUAAAUAUUAUUCUGCAUUAUCAGAAGAUUUUGCACGCCAAUACCCUGGUGUUGAAAACAAAGUUAAAAGAUUAACUGUCAGAUCAGUAGAGCAGCAUUUAGAGGCCAUGGGCAAGUCAUUAUCUGCUUGUGGUCUGGCUGUUUUAAUGGAAGACAAUGAUAACCAGAUUGAUAGAACAAAAGACAUUCAAGAUGCCUUAGAUGCUCCGAUUCCUCAAAAUUGUAUAGAAAGUCGUGGCUUGCUUAAUACCGCAUAAAAGGAAAUUUUUACUUGUAUUAUGUAGCAUAUCGUAGAAGGAAAACCAGGGGCAUUUUUCGUAGAUGGUCCUGGUGGAACUGGUAAAACGUUCUUAUAUAAUGCACUAUAUGCUGAGAUCCGCCUUAUGAAUAAGAUUGUUUUACCUACUGCUACGUCUGGAAUAGCUGCAGCAAAUAUUCCAUCAGGUAGAACAGCACACUCAAGAUUCAAAAUUCCAUUGGACAGUGAUGCUUCAUUAGCUUGCAGUGUUUCUAAGCAAAGUAGCCUGGCAGCGUUAAUAAAAGAAACAACUCUUAUAAUAUGGGAUGAAGAAUCUAUGGAAAACAAGCAAAAUCUAGAAUCUCUAGACCUUUUAUUACAAGACAUAUGUGAUAGUGAUGUGAUAUUUGAUGGGAAGGUAAUUGUCUUCAGUGGAGACUUUCGACAAGUGUUGCCUGUUGUUCCUAACAAGACUAUUAGAGAAGCAGUAGAAGCAAGUAUAGUGAGUUCUUAUAUAUGGCAGCAUUUGCGGAGAUUCAGGUUAACUGAAAAUCUAAGAGCUAGGGAAGAUCCUUCAUUUUCUCAGUUUUUACUUGCACUGGGAAACGGUGAACUGCAGACCAUGGAAAGUGAUUUUUUUGAGUUGCCACCACAGAUAGUGCAGACUUUCCAGCCUGAUGCUGAUCCAAUAGAUGAGUUACUCAAAUCUUCUUUUCCAGAACUUGGUUCGGGUGCUCUGGACCCUCAAAUCUUUUCAAGAAGGGCAGUUCUAACACCUAUAAAUGACGAUGUAGAUACUAUAAAUUCGUUCAUGAUUGAGAGAUUCCCAGGACAAGCCAUAUCUUAUACAAGCUAUGACAGUGUCCUAGAUGAUAGUGGCAGCGUAUAUCCUACAGAAUUCCUGAAUAAACUAUGUGCAGGUGGAAUGAGCCCUCACAAUCUUGUGCUCAAAGAAAACUGCCCAGUAAUAUUGCUUAGAAAUCUUCUGCCAUCUUCUGGUUUAUGCAAUGGAACGCGCCUUAUAUGUAAAAGGUUUUUCCCUAAUUUAAUUGAGUGCGUGAUUUCUAUCGGACAGUAUCAAGGGGAACAUGUAUUUAUACCCAGAAUUAAACUCAGACCAUCAAGUUCUCAGAAAUAUCCUUUCCAAUUUCAGAGGAACCAGUUUCCUAUCAAGCUCAGCUUUGCAAUGACUAUAAACAAGUCACAGGGGCAAACUUUAGAUCAAGUGUUAAUAUAUCUCCCUCGUUCGUGUUUUUCACAUGGUCAGUUAUAUGUGGCUCUUUCACGUGCACGGUCUGCAGAUAAAGUGAGAGUUGUAUCAGUGGCUCCUACUUUACAGCAUUCAGAAAACUCCGUUAAAAAUGUCGUAUCUUAUGCUGUCCUAAAGCUAGCAGGAGUAAUUUAGGAGUAAUCUAGGUGCUGUUAGAUCAUUCCUAAAAUAAGCUAAGUCAUGUGCAUUCACUUCAGCAGUGGUCCAAUGUUGAA